CACAACUUCCUUGAUUCUUACGCCAAGUCCCCUGCCCACGGUCUGACGCUACUCGUAUAUUCCGCGAGAUCCUAGUGGAGUUUCAGGCUUUCAGCUGCAACUGCAGCUCCACCCGCCGUUACCGAGCUCGAUUUUCCUCGAUCGCCGAAGUUGUUUUCUGCGGGCCAGAAUCGCACUUCUCUAAUGAAAAACAUCUCGUUUCCGACCUUCCUCUCACCUCCCCCGCACUCACAUAAAGUUCCCUCAGCACCAUGGAUCGGGGCCGCAAAUCAAGGGCAUCCUCGUCCGCUUCCUCCCUGACCUAUUCCCGCUCGCGGUCACGGUCACGGUCCCGCUCCCGCUCCAGACCUACUCGUGCAGCUUCCUUUGCACCACCAUCGGCUGAGUCGCGGCGCCGCCGCCGGCCGCGUUCCAUCUCAUCAUCUUCGAGCUCUUCCAGAUCGUCGAGUCGAUCGCGCUCUAGGCCGGGGGGUCUGAGGAGCAAAGUCAAGACUGAAGUUACAGAGGCAAGUGGCCUGCAGACUUCUCUCGCCUUCCUGGGUGCCGUGGGAGUCGCUACGUAUGCAGCGCAUAAGCUGUGGCCCAAGGGUGUCACUUAUGGUGAGAAGGAGGCGUGGGAGAUGAAGGAGGCUGUAAAGCAUGCCGGGAACAAAGCCAAGCACGCUUUGGCGGGGCAGGAACCUCGGCAGCGUAGUCCGCCUCGUCGGUAUGAGGGUGAUCGGGAUCGGGUGCCGGAGAGCAGGAGGCCGCGCGAUGAUGAACGGUUUGGUCCCAGGGGAGGCAGGUCGUUAAUUGCCGAUUCUCCUCGCCGGCGUGAUCAAGACAGGGACAUGGAAAGGGUGCAAAUUGUGAGGAGGCCUGCGAAUGCCUCGAGGGAUUUUGUGGACGUCGCCACUGUCGCGAGUGUGGCCAGUGGGAGUCGACAUGGCGAUGCCAGGAGGGAAACGUAUAUCGAGGAUGAUUAUGUGGGCCAAGCUAUUGUUCAACGACAAUAUGCAGAGGCGGCCAGCGUGGCGAAUGCCACGAACGGUAGCCGGUCGGGUGAUACUAGGAGGGAGAAGUACAUUGAAGAAGUUGGGACGGAAGCUCCAGUCGGCGGGACCCAGAGGGUAUACGAGGAAGGCCUUAUCGGCACGGCGACUGUUGCGGGUGACAGCCGGUCCGCUGACACUAGGAGGGAGAAGUUCGUUCGCGAUGAUCGGACGGUGUGGCCAAGGAGUGCACGAGGUUUUGAUGAAGCUUAUGAUGAGGCUACUGUCGAGGGUAGCAGAUCAAGCGAUUCCAAGAGAGACUACCGCGACGACCGCUCGCCGAGAUACAUGGAGCGUAAUGCCACUGUGCGGCCGGUUUCGAAGGGGUUUGUUGAUGGCAGGGAGUCUAUUGGUGAUGAUCGGGGGGUUAGGAGACAGUAUGUCAGGCAGGUUGAAGAAUAUCGAUGACGGACAUACGCGACGAGUAUUUGAUGACUGGUAUGUCAUCUUGGGAAUAUAUAUGGGUAUGAAUGAUUUAUGGUCAUGACGGACACGAGGUUGAAAUUUGGUUAAAGAAAAGAACAAAUAACAGGUUUUCUUAUCCCUUACUUCUACGCCGAAGGCUGUCACUAGACAGGAUCGACCUGCAUCCGCUAGCGCCGUGCUGCUAGUUGGUUCGGAUCAGAUACAGAAUAUUUGGUGCUGCCUAUCUGGGUUGUCUGCAAUGAGAAAUGCUAUUGUCGAUACUGCGGUGUGUAAUCGUAGUUCGAAACCGUAGCUGCUUCCCACCUGUAUAGCUGGGUCGUUCUUAAUGGACGUAGGAGAUACUACUGCCUUUCUAGUUCUUGUUCUAUAGGUAGAUAAGAUAUGAGACUUCUCACGGUGUCAAUCCAGCAUGUUCUUUC